AAUUUACUCACUCCUUCACUUAAUUUACUAACUUCUUCACUGAAUGUAACUUACUCACUCCUUCUCUCUUUCUCUGAAUUUACUCACUCCUUCACUCUUUCUCUAAAUGUAAUCACUCCUUCACGCUGGUCGUUAUACAGACCGGCCUGUCGGCGGUGGCGCUGCUGUUCGCUGUACGUCUUCACACUGCGGGCUGUUUCACAGUUAAAGUGGUUCUUCGUUUAUCUUAAACGGACCCGGACCGCUAAUCGAGGAUUAGAAGAUGAGCAAAGGCUGUGGCACAAAAAAGAAGCUGCCCCCAGACAAGGCCAUGGAGUCUUUUGACGAUGGGGUAAUGGGAGAGGUAAAACUUCUCUUCAACAAAGUCAGAGCCUACAGUCCUCCACCUGGAGCAGAAUGGAGACUGCCUGACCCAAGUGUGGUGCUCUGUCACCAACCAUCGAGCCACCCACAUCUGCAGGCUCUGAAGCAGUCUCUAAACGAGGUGAAGAAUCAACUCAGCGACAAAGACUUGGCCGUGUGGCACCAGCACACCUGCUCCACCAACCGAGCUGGCACUGUUACAGCUCACCUUCGUGGAGCUGUCAAUGCAGAACUUUGCACUCAGGCCUGGGCCAAGUUCUACGAAAUCUUGGGCACCUUCGAUCUUCUCCCGCAAACUGCGCUGCAGAUCGGCGAGUUGAAUUCUGUCCACUUGUGUGAAGCUCCUGGGGCUUUCAUCGCAGCCCUGAAUCACUUCCUCCAGACCAGUGGGCUGCACUGUGAUUGGAACUGGGUCGCCAACACACUGAAUCCAUAUCAUGAAGCCAAUGAGCGGAAUAGCACUAUCGCAGACGACAGGCUUAUAGCUCACACUCUGCCUUGGUGGUUUUUCGGCUCUGACGACACAGGUGACAUCAUGCUGCAGAAACAUCUGUUGGAGCUGCAAGGAUUUGUUGGCAACAUGCACAAUGUGGACUUGGUCACUGCAGAUGGCAGCUUUGAUUGUCAGGGAGAUCCAGGUGAGCAAGAGAGUCUUGUGGCCCCGCUGCAGUAUUGUGAAACUGUGUGUGCACUACUGCUGUUAGGACCUGGAGGAUCAUUCGUUCUGAAGAUGUUUACGUUGUUUGAACACUCCUCUGUGUGCCUUCUCUUCCUUCUGGUCUGCUGUUUUUCGUCGGUGCACAUUUUCAAACCUGCCACCAGCAAGUCGGGGAACUCUGAGGUGUACGUUGUUUGUUUAGGCUAUAAAGCCAAAGAAGUAGUCCGGCCACUUCUGUCAAAGCUGAUUCGGAACUAUGGGCCUGAUAUAGCAUCCAAGGCAGCGAUGUUUCCAAACAGCAGCAUCCCAGACUCUUUUCUGAGGCAGCAUGAAGAGAUCUGCACAUUUUUCCACUCUCUGCAGAUUAACACCAUCCAGGAGAACCUGCAGCUUUUCAAUACCAUGAGUGAUGAGCAUCGCAGGAGACUGGACAAACUCAGGGAGUGUGCUGCACAGUCCUACAUCCAGCGAUUUCAGGUGCAGUUUCUUCCACGAAAACGCUGGGUGUGUCGAGGUGGACCGAUGAACUGGGGGAAACCAUGCCAGAGGAAGCAGAUGGGGUCUUUCAAUCAGCGUAAAGAGAUUAAGUUCCAACAGUGGAGGCAGCGUCUUGCCCAAGGACCUUACUGGACCUGGAUAGAGGAACAUUGCCAGGGUGUUGAAGGUCAUGGUGUUGUUUUGAAUGGGCCUUUAAUUGAGGGUGAUUUAGAUGCGUGGUUUACUCGUGUGGGAUCUGCUCUUCCAAAAGUGUGCAGCUCCACUUUUUGUGACCAGGACUUGUUAGAUCUCCUCAACGAAGCUCUAGAAGAGGGUGCACUUUUCCCACCGGGACAAAGGUGUGCCAAAAAAACAGCAGCAUGCUGCUCUUGCAGUUUUCAAUCUCCUGAGUCAAUACUGACUGAAUUCUGUCAAAGCCUGAAUGUUACUUCGUGUGUGCUGGUGGGGAACCCUGCAUGGCAAAAGAUCCAUCUUUCAGAAAAUGUUCCACAGCUACAGUUUUGUGUAGGACCUUCCUACCCACAAGUUUUUGUUUCCACUUUAUAUGAUGGACACCCAGAUGAUCAACAGCAGCUUCUCAGUGGCGUGCUUGCUGCUUUGCGCGGCCUUGUGAAAGGAUCGACGUUGGUGGUUCCAUUCUGUUCGGCUCUAACUCGUUUCACUGCCUCUCUGAUUCUCGCCCUUCAUCUCUGCUUCCACUCCAUCAGCUUCCGCUGCCCAUCUGCCGGACCCCCUGCAGUGCUAGUGUGUGGGGGUUUCUCUGUGUUCCCAAGGGUUUUUACUGUCCUGCAGGAGGUUCUGGAGGAAAUGAAGGGUUUGGAGCAUGGCAGGCAGCUUCUACAGUUUGCACCAAUGGAAGACCUCACUAGAGGAGCUCUGCCGGACUUUCUGACCAGCUUCAAUAAUACUGUCAUGAGGCAGCAGCUUCAUAUCUUAAUGCAGACUGGGCAGGGCAGGUAGCACCAUCUGGUCAAGCCACUGGUUAAGUACCAGUUUUUGAAAGGGCUGCACAAUACAAUAUAAAGUCGGUUGCUUUUCCUUUUCUUUUCCUUCACAGAUAAUGAUGUGAUGACGGGAAUACUAAGUGGUUUAUUCUCAUUGUUCUUGGUUUAAAAAUCCACCUCAUCUGUUGGGGAGCAAAUUACCUGAGAGCUGAGACAGGUGUGUUGGAGCAGGACCGUUAAUGUUAUUUGGUUUGGGAACACUAUUCUGACUAGUGUUUUUUUUUUCCUUUUCAACUGAACUAAAAUAUUUACUAAAUACUAAAAAGUAAACUGUUUACAUUGAUUUAUGUUGCACUUUAAUAUACACUGUAAAUGACUGGAUACCAUCUCAGUUUAAUUGACCUAAAUCAAAGGUGUUAAGUACACACCAUAUAGACAAAAGUAUUGGCACACCUGCUCAUAUUCUUUCUUUUGUGAAAUUAAAGGUAUUAUAAAGAGUUUUGUUGAAGUAACUGUCUCCACUGUUCAGAGUAGACUUACUACUAGUUUCUGUACUCGCAUUGAUGUGAAGAUUUUUUUUCUUUGGAGACAAUAAACACUGAUCCACAAGAACCCAAAUUAUUCUAAAGUUUGAGUGGAAUGCCAUAAUUCCAAAAAACACAGUUCCACUGCUUCACAGCAAAAUACUGGGGGUUUAUACCCCUAUAGCCCACACCUGGCAUUAGACAUGGAGCCAACAGGCUCAUGUUUAUUCAUCUGCUCCAGAGAUUGGCAGAGCUUGUGGCAGUACUUUUUUUUUUACAGGGGGUAGACAAGCUGUGGGUGCAGCUUGCAGUAUCUGAAUGCAUUCAGUAUAAGGAGUGUCCCUAAAGAUUUGAACUUAUGGUAAAUAUGUUUUAGACUUGUUUUAAGCACUGUUUUGCAGCAGUUGGAAAUGAUGCUGUUUGAUUUCUCAUGUGAUUUUGUUCAGCUGACUUCUGAUAUUAAAUUUAUUUUUCUUUCUGGA